UGAAUUAAACACUUUCAAGGAUUCAUAUUAUUUAAUUAAAUCAUAAAAUUAUUAUUAUUAUCAUUAUUAUUAGGUUAUAAAUAUGUAUUACAAAAUUAAAGAGAACGGAAAUGAAUUUUUCAUAACUUAUUUACAUGUAAUUCAUUGAUAAUGUAAAGUUGUAUAUACCCUUGAAUACAUAAAUUUGUAUAUGACCAAUCAUAUUAAAGUAAAAUGAAAAUUAAUAAAUUACACAUAAAAUUAUAAUCUGCAUUUAUAAUGGAUUAAUAAUAAAAAUGUUUCUAAAUAUAUUUAUAUUAAGAUUAUUAUGAUUAUGAUUAUUGACAUGAUGAUUGUCCUUAUUAAAAUUCUCAUGUGGAAUUGAUCUAUCUAUGUGAUAGUGGAUUAACUUAAUUGUGGAAAAUACUUAUAGUGUAACUUCUUAGUUUAUGUUGUUUUCUUUCUUCAAAAGAUUGUUAACAAAUUUUAAUAUCAGAACCAUAAAAUAAAUCAAACUUUAUUGAUUUAAUUGACAAAUAAUUCAAUAAAUCUUGAUCUAGAUCAGUUUAAAUAGAUCACAAUAUCCUGUAAUGGCAAAUUCAUCUAAUAUCACAAGUAAUAAUGAUGUUGAAGAUUUGAUAAAUAAGGAAUUAAAUCAAGAAGAACAAAAUAUUGUAGAUUGUUCUGACAAGAAUAUUCCUUUCUCAAUAACAAGUGAACAUAAAUUAGAUGAUUCAAAUCAACAUGAUAAUGUAAAUGUAACUGAAUCAUCAAGUGAAUAUAUCAUAGAUAACAAAAGUGAUCUAAUAACUGAAGUUGAAACACAAAAUUUAACACAAAUUGGAUCCGGUGAUAAUUUGAAAUUAGAAUGUGAAGAAAUACAUCCAAAUGUAAAUGAGAAUAAUGAUAAAGAAUCACAUAAUACCAGUGAAUUAUGUGUAAACGAGAAAAUAAUAUCUCAUAAUGAUAUUACAGAAUUUCAGAUGAAUGACGACGAAGAAAGAAAACUUAAUUUGGAAUCUUCAAAGUCCAGUAAUCAAUGUGAUCAAGAGUUUUACACAAGUAAAUUCCUUGAACAUACCUCUGUAGAAGAGUUAGAACCUACAGCUUUAAUAACUGACUACAAUGAUCCCACUGAAAAAUAUAUAGAAGAAAAUUACCCUCCUAGUGAUAAAUCAGAGACAUAUUCCAAUAUUAUAGACGACCGAGAAGGUGAAAGUAACAUGAAUGCUGCAAAGUUAGAGUUUUCGGAUAUAAGAGAAAGUAAAGAUAUGAUUGAUGUACAUAGUCCUUUAGAAGUAACAAGUUUAUCAAGUUUGAAAAACGAUGAAAUAGACAGGAAUAAAUGUGAAACAGUACUCGAAGAGUCGUUUGAUAAUUUUACUGAAGAAAAAGUUAUACCUCAAAAUCAUGAAAACGUACACUUGACUGAGGAAAAUGAAAAAUCCGAACAGUCAUUUGAGAGAAUCACACCACAAGAAGUAAUGAGUCUAACUGAACCAGGUAAACACAUUCCCACUGAUAAAAAUGAUAUACCGUUUGACUUUAUUGUACAUGAUGUAAAUGACGAAACAGAUGAAAAUCUAAGAAGGAUUAGUAUAGGUGGUGUUGAAGGCAUUAUUCAAACACCUCAUGAGAAAAUCGAAACAAAAUUUGAUUACGAUAUAUCUACAUCAGUUGAUCAACCAAAUAAUGGAAGUGAGGAACAGUCAGACAUUCAAGUAGAUCAUAAUAAAGAGGAAAUAUGCAAUGUACCAUCUAAAUCUUAUACCAUAGAUUAUACUUCAUUUGUAGACCACUCAAAAGAAGUCGAAUUUCCUGUAGUAGAAGAACAGACAACUACAGAGUUUGAAUCCCAUCAUAAAGAAAGAGACAACAGUGAUAUCAUAAAUACACCUUCCCCUAGUUCGAAUCAUACGACAGAACAACAAAAUUUCAGAGCUGAUAUCAUUACAGAUUACCUUAAUAAAUAUGAUUAUGACGAUGACAAAACCAAACUGUAUACUGAAGAUCAAGGUAAUGUUGGAAAACAAGACCGUUUACAGUGUCCGAUGAAUAGUGACUCAUCAAAUCUUCAACAAACUAACUCGCCAUCAAUAAAUGACGUAAAACAUACUGAAAUCGAUGAAAUAAAAAACCGAAUUUCAUUAUCUGAUAAAGAUAUGUGUGAAGAAAAUGGACUGGAAAGUGGUCCAUUAUUGUACGCUACACAAAAUCUUAUCAAUGAGUUACAGACAGUUGAGCACUUAACAGAUGACAGACCGGAACCGUUGAAUAUCGCUGUAGAUAUUCAAGGUGAUGAAUUAUAUAACGCUAAAGUACAUAAAAGGUCAACAGUGAAAUGUUACGUAACAGAGCAGCAUUCCAAUGAUGAUGAUAAACAUAGUAUCAGUAAUUAUGAAGUAGAAAACAUUUCACCCAAAUAUUUUGAAGAACAUCAAUUAUUAAGGGAUGAAAGUAAUCAAAAUGAAUCAACUACGGAAGAGUUAAACAACCAACUGGAAUCCAAGCCUUUAAAUGAUGUGAAUAAAAAUACGGCACUUAGGAGGAUACGCAAUGAUGUUGAUGAGAUAAGCCUGAAUUCAGAAGGUGAACAGAGAACCGAGUUUGAACAACGUUAUGCAGAAUUAAUUGCAAAGUAUCUGCCAGUUGAGAGACAAUCAAAAAAGAAUGAUAGAUCCAGACGAACUAAAACAUUAGACAGAUAUAGUAAAUCCAAAUUUAAUGAAAAUAGAUACUCAUAUAUAGAUACAAGUGAUGUUAAGAAAAGAUCAGUAACCCUGGAACGCAAUGAAUUUAGACGUAAAAGACGCCUGCAACCAAAACCAUCUGUUAAUGACGAUUACUUGUAUCCAGAUUCAGUAACACCAUCUAAGGUAGACAAAAGUAUAAGUGUACGAAGUUUAGAGGAGGGUAUUCCAGAAGGUGCCUACGAUGUACCAUAUAUUGAUGAUGACGCUUUCUUGCCACGAAGAUUACGUGAAAAUAAAGGUAAAGAUAAUGGAUCAGAUGAAGGUAGUAGUCUGAGUCUGGAAGAAGAUUACUGCUCAUGGAAUCCUGACAGAUUUACUAGACUUGAAGCUAAUCAUAUAGCUGAUACUAACGAAUGUGCUCCCACUCCAGAAAAUCAACCAAAAUCAAAAACAAUAACGUCAAUAUUAAGUAAAAAGAAGAAAGAUCAACCAAAACAGAUUUUAAUCGUUCAACCGACAACAAAUGGUAAUAAAUCAAAGAAUAAAGGAAAAUCAUUGAUUUGUGGAUGUGUUAGUAGAAAAUCAAAAAAGCGAUAACAAAACUUAUAAAAAUCAAUUAACCAAAUAAAUAAAUAAUCCAAUUUGUAUGUGUGUUUUUGUUUGAAUAACAAAAUAUUUUUUUCUUCAUUAUUUUCCUCAUAUAGAUCCGUUAACAAAAAAAAUAAAACAUGAUGAAUGAUAUUUGAAAACAUUAUCUAAUCUCCAUGGCAAAAGUAAUAAUAAUAAUAAUAAUAAUAAUAAUAACAAUAAUAAUAAUAAUAAUAAU